UUUCCAUAAUUAUUCGUUCAAAGUAAUUUUUCUAGUUGUUUGUAGAUAAUUUCCACAAUGUGGAUGGUUCCGAUCAACGGAUCACUUAGCACGUAGGCCCCAGUUGGCGACGACGAACCCUGAUAUUCUACAUCGCGAUAGGCAAAACGAAGUCGAGCUUCGGAAUCAAAACCAAGCGACGAACUUCUCCUCCGAAAAAACCUCUCCAAAACCUCGAUAAAAUGGCCACUAUAACAGAAGAAGAAGAGAAAGAAGAACAAAAUCAAAACAAAUCGGAAAAUCCAAACCCCAAACAGGACAAAACCAAAUUCUCUCAAAUCGCAUUUUCCUUCUGGGCCUACUUCACCUUCUCCGUCUCUCUCCUCGCCUUACUCUUCUCCUCUCUCUCCUCUCUUUCCCCCCAAAACGAGAAAUCCUGGUUCCUGUCCCUGCCCGACGACCUCCGCCUUCAUCACUCCAAGGGCAAAACCAUCAAAGUCCAGCUAAACCCUAACACCCUCCCCUUCCAGAUCUUCGCCGUCGAAUACGGGCCCCGGCGCGCCGAAGCUGUGCUCAUCGUCCAUGGGUUCGGAUCCAAUUCGUACUCAUUCCGCCACGUCGUACGGUCGCUGGGGUCCGCUGGCUUCCGUGCCGUCGCGAUUGAUCUCCCCGGAUCGGGAUUCUCUGAUAAGGCGGUCUUGGAAGAGGAGGAGAGAGAAGGUGGGAUUUUAGAUAGGGUUUUGGAUAUCUAUAACGAUAUCACAGAGAAGGGACUGUUUUGGGGUUUUGAUCGGCUGAUUGAGACCGGGCGGAUCCCGUACGAGGAGAAGGAGGUUCGGGUUUCAACGAGGAAGAGUUUUAAGCCGUUGGGACUGCGGUCCGAUGAAGUGGGACGGGUUAUUGGGCAGGUGAUCAGCUCGAUGGGCCUCGCGCCGGUUCAUCUGGUGCUGCAUGAUUCGGCGUUGGGAGCAGGCGCAAUCUGGGCAUCGGAGAAUCCGGGUGCAGUCAGUAGCGUGAUGGUUGUCGAUUCGGCUGUGGGGUCCCUGGCCUUGCCGAUGUGGGUUUUGGAAAUGCCAGUCGUUAGAGAGAUUGUUCUGGGAUUCCCGCUGGCGUACACCGCGUUACUUAGAUGGUGCUGCUCGAGAUCAGUGGAGAGGUCAGCUGCGGAGGCUCAUCGGAUUCUUUUGAAGGGAAAGGACGGGAGGAAGGCGGUUGUUGGGUUUGGGAAGGGUUUGAACCAUAGCUUUGAUUUGGGAGAAUGGGCUGGAUUGGAGACAAUGAGGGAUGUGCCGAUGCAAGUGCUUUGGUCUGACAGCUGGUCUGAAGGGUGGAUUGAAGAGGGGCGCAGAGUUGCUGGCAUGGUCCCUGGGGCGAAGUUCGUCACCCAUUCUGGUGGGAGGUGGCCUCAGGAACGGAUUUGGAGUUUUGGGAUUUGGCUUGUCUUCUUCCACGACAUUUGCCUUGGAAUGGUUUUCCGAAGCAUCUUCUCUAUUGUCUCGAUUUCUAGACUCUUCUUUUAUAUGAAGAUGUCAUUAAAGCCCUUCAAGAGUGAAGAUGCAGCAGAUGAAGUAGCUGAGAAGAUUGCACAGUUUGUAUCGUCAUUGCCAAAAUCUGUCAGACAGAUUGAGGAGGAGCCUAUGCCGGAGCAUAUUCAGAAAAUGUUCAAUGAAGCAAAUGCCGGACAUCAUCAUCAUCAUCAUGGUCAUGGGGGCCAUGACCCCCAUGGCGGUCAUGAACAUGUUCACGCAGCUGGCUACAUGGAUGCAUAUGGCCUUGGUCAUGGCUGGGGGACUUGAUUUCAUUUCUAUGUGACUCGGUUGCUUCCUUUACAAGUGAGGCCUCUUUUGCGAGUGGGCCACGGAUACGACUCCAUGAUCAUAUGCCAUUUGGUGUAAAAAAUUGCUUGGUGAGGCUUCUGUCUUUCCUUGUACAACAAUCUCUGUUAGCAGCUUGUAUUAAGAGAAUGGCUUUAACUGCAUCUGACUAAUUCCAUAUUAGAGCCAUCUUUCAGGCUCGAUUGUUCUAAUUUGUGUUUUAUUGUCGCACAUGCCUCCAUUCCAAAAGAUUCGCUACAUUAGAUA